AUGCCCUCCUCCGGCGCCUCCUGUUUCCCGCCAAAUCCACGGCCCUCCAGGCCCGCCUCCAAUGCCACGCCAAGUCCCUCGGGCGACGCCGCGCUCCGCGCCUUCCGCGCGCACCACCGCGCCGGGCGCGCCCUCGACGCCAAUCCGGCGCUGAUGCCAGCGCUUGGGGCCUGCGCGCGGCUGCCGGCCGCCGGGGCCGAGGCCGAGCAGAUCCACGCGCUCCUAGUCAAGUCUGGCGUCCCUCGGGCCGUCUCCGACGUCCACGCCUCCACCUCCCUGGUCCGUGUCUACGCGCGGCUUGGCCGCGCGGACGACGCGCGGAAGGUGUUCGACGGAAUGCCGGAGAGGACAGUGGUCUCCUGGAACGUGCUUCUUGACGGGCUUGUCAGAGCCCGUGACUUGGAUGCUGCAUGGGAGCUGUUUGUGGAAAUGCCCGAACGCAAUGUGGUUUCCUGGAACACCGUAAUCACUGGAUUUGCGAGGCACGGGUGGGCGCAGGAGGCGGUGGACUUGUUUGUCGAGAUGACGGCGGUUUAUGGUUUGGCGCCAGAUGAGACCACCAUGGUCGGCUUCAUAUCGGCGGUUCGUGAUAUUGGCCUUCUUGGAGUUGGGAGGAGUGCGCAUGGGUAUGUUCUCCGUCGGGAGUUCUCACUCGACGGUGACCUUGGUGUUGCGCUGAUCAAAAUGUACACAAGGUGCGGGAGCAUGGGUGCUGCACACAGUUGCUUCAAAACCGUCGCCAACAAGAAUGUGGAGCACUGGACCUCUGUGAUCGGGGGUUUCGCAGCACAUGGUCACCCAGAGAUGGCAUUGAGAUUGUUCGGCGAGAUGAGGCAGUUGGGCAUUGAGCCUAAUGGUGUCACCUUUGUGGCCGUCUUGAACGCUUGCAGCCAUGGCGGGCUUGUCGACGAAGGUUUCAAGUACUUCGGCCUACUGAGGAGCAUGGGCAUCAGGCCGACGAUCCAACACUAUGGCUGCUUGGUUGAUCUCCUUGGCCGUGCUGGGUUCUUGAAGGAGGCCUUUAAUCUUGCCAAUAGUCUACCAAAAGAUCCGGGCUUUGUAAUCUGGAGCUCACUGCUGGCUGCCUGCCGUAGCCGUGGCAAUGUCGAGAUGGCAGAGUUCGCUGCUUCGAAGCUGGCAGACGCAAAACCAAGUCAUGGCAGCUCGUAUGUGUUGUUAUCGAACAUGUAUGCCGGAGCUAAACAAUGGGAGGACUUGAAGAGAACGAGGAGGAGGAUGGAGGAGCAUGGGGUAACGAAGAAACCUGGUCUCAGCUGGAUCGAGGUGGAUGGAAAUGUACAUUCCUUUGCCACUGCAGACAAGUUGCACACGGAGAGCGAGGGUAUUUAUCAGAUGUUGGAAGUUUUGAAACCUAAUUUGACAUCAGUUGAAUGUGAACCUGAAACAUUCGCUCUUUCUGAUUUUGAUCAUAGAAUUUUUUGUUGCUUGUACAGUUGGAAUAGUUGUUUUUGGAGGAACAGUGCAUCAUUUGUUAAUAGAAUUACAUCAUAUAAAAUAUCUAUUCGAACUCAUAUGAACAAGAACAAUGCCGAGUAUCAGAGAAUAAUUAAAUUGAUUUAG